AUGGCCAACAUCACCUGGAUGGCCAGCCACACUGGACGGUCGGAUUUCAUCCUGAUGGGACUCUUCAGACAAUCCAAACAUCCAGCACUACUUUGUGUGGUCAUUUUUGUGGUUUUCCUGAUGGCGUUGUCUGAAAAUGCUUUCCUGAUCCUUCUGAUACACUGUGACGCCCACCUCCACACCCCCAUGUACUUUUUCAUCAGUCAAUUGUCUCUCAUGGACAUGGUGUACAUUUCUGUCACUGUGCCCAAGAUGAUCCUGGACCAGGUCAUGGGUGUGAAUAAGAUCUCAGCCCCUGAGUGUGGGAUGCAGAUGUUCCUCUAUCUGACACUAGCAGGUUCAGAAUUUUUCAUUCUAGCCACCAUGGCCUAUGACCGCUACGUGGCCAUCUGCCAUCCUCUCCAUUACCCUGUCCUCAUGAACCGUAGGGUAUGUCUCUUCCUGGCAUCAGGCUGCUGGUUCCUGGGCUCAGUGGAUGGCUUCACAUUCACUGCCAUCACCAUGACCUUCCCCUUCUGCGGAUCCCGGGAGAUUCAUCAUUUCUUCUGUGAAGUUCCUGCUGUAUUGAAUCUCUCCUGCUCAGACACCUCACUCUAUGAGAUUUUCAUGUACUUGUGCUGUGUCCUCAUGCUCCUCAUCCCUGUGGUGAUCAUUUCAAGCUCCUAUUUACUCAUCCUCCUCACCAUCCACAGGAUGAACUCAGCAGAGGGCCGGAAAAAGGCCUUUGCCACCUGCUCCUCCCACCUGACGGUGGUCAUCCUCUUCUAUGGGGCUGCCGUCUACACCUACAUGCUCCCCAGCUCCUACCACACCCCUGAGAAGGACAUGAUGGUAUCUGUCUUCUAUACCAUCCUUACUCCGGUGCUGAACCCUUUAAUCUAUAGUCUUAGGAAUAAGGAUGUCAUGGGGGCUCUGAAGAAAAUGUUAACAGUGGGACCUGCCUUUCGAAAAGCUAUGGAGUAG